AUGCCGAUCGAAAUGCCGAACGGAUUACCAUUCUCCGUAGACACAUGGACUCCACCCUCCAAAACCAGCAAAAGACACCAUUUCCUCACACACGCUCACAAAGACCAUUCCUCAAACAUCACUUCUCAUUCCUCUUUCCCUAUUUACUCCACUCUUCUCACCAAAACCCUACUUCUCCAGCAUUACCCUCACCUUCAUCCUUCCUUGUUUCUCCAAAUCGAAGUUGGUCAAUCCUUGAUCAUCCAUGAUCCCGACGGGAAUUUCACCGUCACCGCUUUUGAUGCCAAUCACUGUCCUGGUGCAGUGAUGUUCUUGUUUGAAGGGAAAUUUGGUAAUAUUUUACAUACAGGAGAUUGCAGACUCAACCUUGAAUGUCUUCUCAAUUUACCUGAUAAGUAUGUUGGCAGGAAAGGAAAAAAGGCUACUUGUUCUCUUGAUUGUGUUUUCUUAGACUGUACUUUUGGAAAUUUCUCUCGCUCCAUGCCUACCAAACAAUCCUCUAUUCAACAGGUUGUUAAUUGUAUAUGGAAGCAUCCUGAUGCAUCAACUGUGUAUCUUACCUGUGAUGUCCUUGGACAGGAAGACAUCCUUGUUCGAGUGUCUGAAACAUUUGGAGCGAAGAUAUAUGUUGAUAAAGCCCAAAAUCCAGAAUGUUUCAAGAAUCUAAUGGUUACCGUGCCUGAAAUCCUUUGUGAAGACCCAUCUUCCCGUUUCCAUUUAUUUGAUGGAUCUCCAGGACUAUAUGAAAGAGCACAAGCAAAACUGGUUGAGGCCAAGGCAACUCUCCAGACUGAGCCUCUCAUUGUCCGCCCUUCUGCUCAGUGGUAUGCUUGUGAAGAAGUCUCAGAUGUUCAAAACACUAGAAAAAAGAGGAUGAAUGAAGCAGUUAGGGAUCAAUUUGGUGUUUGGCAUGUCUGUUACUCAAUGCACUCUUCCAAGGAAGAAUUGGAAGAGGCUCUUCAAAUUCUUGCUCCGAGGUGGGUCGUUUCAACAACCCCUACCUGCAGGGCUAUGGAGCUCAAUUAUGUUAAGAAGUACUGUUUUAAUUCUAAAGCCAGCCUCAAUAACUCUGUGCUCAAGCUUCUGGAUAUGACUGUGGAAAGUUACGACGAUGUUGAUGCAAUUUUCAAACCUGUAAACUGUUAUCCUGUGCCUGAAGGGAACCCUCAGCCUUGUGCAAAAACUAAAUCACCUAUCAAGCAGUGCACUGAUGUGAAAGCACUGGAAGAGUUGACUCUUAAUCGCUCGCCUGUCACAUUAUUUGGAAGAGCAAGGCUUGGUCUCCAAGAUGUCGGCUUUUUACGAGUACCGUGCAAUAUUUUACCAGUUAAUGCCCCUUUGCAAACAGAUUCAAGUGAUGCAAGACAAGAAUGUUUAGGUGCUGCUGCUGAAGCGAAAUGGGAGAGAUCACCAGAAAGAAAGGAAGAUUUACAUAAUGUGAAUAAGAAUCCGCAAUCUGAGGUUCAAGAAAACACAAGAGUUCAUAAGAGUGCCUCUAACGAAAGUAUUGGAUCCCCAGAUUUGAGUGAAUAUAUCAAAAAGUAUUACAGGCCAAUGACUAUUCCCACGCUUCUUCCCUCGUUAGUGGAUCUUAGGAAUUCCAUGAAGCGUGCCAAGAGGAGAAUUGAUCAGUUUUCUGCGGUUAACUUUGAUCGGAAAAUGCCCAUGGACUGA